AGGGCCCGCCUCGAAUAAUAUGCUUACAACCUAGUAUAUGUAUGUCACUAAGGCUUAAAAAACCGAAACGCACAUCAAACAAGUUAGAUUUUGUUUCCCUUCACACAAUCUGGAUGCUAUUGAGAUAAAUAUUUAUAGCCAUACUGACGUAGUUUUAGGUUUUUAGUGCUUUCCUAGUUCUUAAUUCAUCUUCGCGCUGCAGCCGUUCUGGUAAGAUGAGAAUCAGUUUUACAACUUCAACACCGUGCUCCUGCUUCCGGUUUGGCUUUGGAACUCCCCACAAGAUGAACUACUUCCCCCGGAAAUUAAUGUCACUAGUACUCAACAACAAGCACAAGCUGCUACUGAAAGCAUUGGUUUUAUCUAUUCUCUUUGUGGCUGAUGUGGUUCUUAAUGCGCUGGAUGAAGGCAACAACUACACCUUCGGUCUUCUUCCGGAGUGGGUACUACAACAGGACCGGCAUGGAGGUCUUCUUCCCCACCAAACAAAACAACAACACUACCAGCUUCACAUUUUCUUGCCAGCGGACGCCUUUCGGUUUUCACCCUUGUCAUCUUCGAGAAAGACCGUGAAGCUCCUUCGUGCGUCGAGCCACGUAGUACAAGGUGGAGCUGCUGGUGCAAAAAGGUCUGCAAAAUUGACCUCUUCGGGAACUACAGGAGCUGCGUUUGGAAAGGUUUUGCUUGAGAAAAAAUGGAGAACUACUACUUCUACCAAGACGAUGAAUACGAAAGUGAAACAGGCGGUGAACAACAUGAUUCGCAGCGGCGAGGCCGACCAGAGCAACAAUAAAAUGAAAACCAGCACAACUUCUAAGGCUGGUAGAGGUGGUGGCGCAAAAAUUUUUGCAGGUUCUACAUCUUCUACUUUCCUCGCAGGGCGAGGUUCUUCGGCCUCCACGUCCAGUGCCUCCUUGAUGCCAGGGCGGACGAAGGAAAAGUGGGAAAGAACGAGGGCCAGUGCAACACCAACAUCGGAGCAGGAACUGGCUGAGGUGGCUGCAACUUUAACCGACCAGCAAAGCGAUCCUCUCGACGUCCACCGCGACCAGGAGGCAAAAGCAGCUUUGUUGCAGCAGACAGUAGCUGCGGCCACCGCCACGGCCGCCACCAGCACGCAGGGUAAAAGAAGAAGUACUGCAACUUCUUCUAGCGGCGCGCCGGUGUGUGCAAACGAAGCUGGUUAUCCCCCAGAAAAAGACCGACAGGUCAUAUUUGUAAUGCAAAAAUAAAUAGACAAAAAAAUCUGUAUUGCAUGCCCUAAACAGGAUGUUAUGGCCUCGCCCAUGACAGAUUUUCCUGUGUAUUUAUUUUUGCAUUACAAAUAUGACCUGUCGGUCUUUUUCUGUGGGAUACUGGUCGGUGGAUUGCUGGGCUGGCACACACCGAGUGCUGGUGCAUUGGCGAGCAAGACGGCGAUUGGAGUAGGGACCAGGCGGUGCUGGACAGGGCGUUCACGUUUGUCCGAUACUGCACAGGGGACGGGUACUUUCGUGAUGAAAUGGGCAUCGCCUCGGAGUGCACCACUUCGGAGAAGGAAAUAGGCUACAGUGACGAUGUGAGGGAGGCGAUGGGGGAUAAUUUUUCCGGAGAUGAUGAGAUUACGUCCUACGACUACACGGACCUCGAGUAUAAUAAUGGCCAGCACUCGAUUAUCCUAUGUAAAAACGUCCCCACACCAUAGUCAAGAUGGAAAGUCUGCAACGCAAGUCCCCAAGUUUUGGGAGUUCUGCAUGACAAGUUUCGAUCUGCAGUGUAGUGCUGGCUAGAAAGGAAGGCCGCAUGAGAAAGCCACUUUCUCAUCCUGUUUACAGCAUUACAAAUGCCAAAACACGACUGGAAAUGCGUCUCAUGGAGAUGCGCAUUACAAAUGUUCCUGUCAUUGCGCAUUUGCAUUGACAACUCUGGGAUGGGGACGUUUUUACAUAUGAUAUCGAUGUUGAGGACCACUUCCUCCUACGAUCUCUUCGUCAUCGGGGAUCCCCAGCUGGGUAUCCAGUGCAAAUAUGUCUGGGUCUGGAAGAGCCCAAGUUUGUCAUGCACAUUUUGCAUCAUAAUCCAUGAUGUCUGUUUGAUGUAUUAUGCUCUAGCAUCACAGAUUUUCUGAGUCCUUCUUGAUGCCUAACCCGCAUGAGAAAUAAUGCCCUCUCCGCGUAGCAAAAGCUGGACUCGUCUUCCUCCUCAUGCAGGACAAAUUUUUUUAGAAUCCACAGACAGGAUCACAAGUUGCCACCUUCCAGACAUCCAGGGAUAUUUGCAAUGCAUACUGGGUUACACAAGCCACUUUGACAAAUGGUUCGAGCUGGACCCCCCCGAAUCCGAGUCCGCAACGCGAAAGAGGACCGAAAACGGGGAGAAACAGUCGUUUCCCCAUGAUACCACAACCAUACCCGCCGCCCUCGACGCGGGCGUGAAGGCCUGCAAGGCGGACCGGGGGAGUUGCACGUGGCACGCGGACGCGAUGAGGCUAGUGGAGGCACAAGACCAGUCAUCUGCUGGGACUACAACAACUACUACCACAAUUGUUCAGCUCCCUGAAUCCUCGGGGGCAAGUCCUGCUGGGUCCUCGGCUUCAAUGGUUGCACAUCCUCGUCAGGACGUCAUUGUCGUGGGAGACUUGACGCAUCUGGGCAUUAUGAGCCAGUUGGAAGAGUAUUUCGAAAAGUUUCUGCAUCAAUUUGACGAUCCGAAGGAGGAUUGGUACGUGCUGCCCAUGCUGGGCAACCACGACUACCAGAACCGCUACCCCUACCUGUUCCCGCACAGAGACGCCCACCGCUGGUGCGGGUAUCAAAUGCAAAAAUGUCUGGGUCUGGGAACUUGUGAUGCUGAGUGGCGUAUCAGGAGGACGCCACAAGUGCUGGCUCAGCAUGACAACUUUCUGAGCUUCUAGGUGUUGCCUAUUCUGCAUGACAAACUGCGUUUCUGCAUGACAGAACAAUUGGGCUCUUGGGUAACGUGCAUGACAGAUUUAAGAAUCAUCCCAGACAAGCAUGACAAACAUGCAUUCUUCCAGACCCAGACACUUUUACAUCUGAUAGCGGGGUGGGUCGGGCCAUGGCACAACUACAGUACAUUCGGGUAAUGCUCACGACCGCGGACUUUACACCAAUAUCCGACGAUAUGGAUGUGUCAGAGUUGAAAUCGACAAAGUUGAAAUAAUUUGUAAUGCAUAAAAUCGAUACCAGGUGGAAGCCCAAUUUCUAAGCGGCGCAUGACAAAUUUUGGCACCGUCCAAAUCCAGUUUGUCAUGCUGUUUAGGGGCCCCAGAAGGCGUCUUCUGUAGUGCUACUUUAGUAGCUCUAUCGCAGACCCCAAACAGGCUGACAGUCGGCAUCACUUGCCGUCCCUGCAAGAGAGGCAGUUCAUGCCUUGCAAUUUAUGCAUGGGAAAUUAUUUCAACUUUGUCGAUUUCAACUCUGACACAUCCAUAGACGAGGCGCAUCACCCCCUCGCGCUAUUGCGAGGAAAAAAUCCCCCCUCCUCAUAUCGAAAAGGAAAUUUGUGAUGCUGAUUUGCGACCACAAAUCAGGUCUGUCUUGCGUACAAGGCAAACGGCACCCAUGUGGCGCAUUGUGCAGCCAGCCUGUCAUGCGUUUUCGCCUAUCUCAGCCUUGUUUCUCAUGCGCAGCUGCUAGCCGGAUGCGUAUCUAAAUGGGCUUAGAAUAUGCCGACAAACUCUCGCUGCAAUACAAAGCUCAUUUGUGUACACAAAUCCAGCAACACAAAUCGCCUUUUGCGUAUGUUGUGGGGGCUUUUUUCACUUUGAUGCGCGCAGUCUGUGCGCUUCCCGGUGACCAAGCGCGCCGCGAACGCGGUUUUGGAUACACACCCGCAGUGGGCGCACAAUUCCGUUAUUGACGCGUUUCACCGCGAGUCGGGGUCCUACGCCUGGACCCCCCCGCAGGACCACGGGCGGUUUCGGAUGUUCGCCCUGCACAUGCACCCGGCCUACGAGGGCACCUGUGCGCAGCGGGGGUACGUGAACGCCGACGGGAAAUGUUUUUCGACCGAGGGGUGUAACCAAGAAAACUGCAAUGCCGGCAAGGCGCCCUCCGCGGGGUGCGCGCCCGGCGGGAAAGAAUGCGCGGGUAUCAAAAGGAAAAAUCCCCCCUCCCCAUAUCAAGACGAAGUUGCUGAUGCUGGAUUUGCGUACACAAAUCAGGUCUGUCUUGCAGUAGGGAACUGCAGGCCCAUACCAAGCCUAAGUAGAAGGGCUUUGACGUAGGCGCGUAGCAUGGCAAAUGUGUACUCUGUAGGCCCCAUAGCAUCAGAAACCGCCAGCACAAUGCGAAGGAGUCUUUGGAUUGGCCUGCUUGCAACACAGAGACGAUUUGUGGCUACAAAUCAGCAUCACAAGUAUCCCUUUUUGGUAUGGGGUGGGGGGAUUUUUCCUCACGAUAGCGGGACAGCUUUCCACGUACGGCAUGGAGGCGUGUGACGGGGUGCGCGGCCUAUGCAAUGCAAAAGCAUCCUACUAGUUUAAUUUGCAUUACAAGUUUUAGCCCAGCAUUACAAAUUAGAUUUGCAAUGCUAAUUUGUCUUGCGAAAGAGAUUUGUAAUGCAUAAAUGCAAUCACUAAACGAGUGCGAUAGUACUUUUGCACAGGAUACGGCCACGCCUUGUAUCACAAGGAAAACACGGGGCACUGCCGCACGUUGGGACACUUGCGGCCGAGCGUGGACUGGCUGCGGGACCAGCUGCUGAAGACGUGCGACGACGAGACCUGGGCCGCGAGGGGGCACAAGGGGUCGCGGUACGCCGUGCUAUUCGUGCACAUUUUUAAAAACGGGAAGAACCACGGCGCCGAGAGUGGAAUGACGGCGGACGUGAUCCACGAUUUGGUGCGCGACAGUUGCGUCGUCGCCGUUGUAAACGGCCACUGCCACGAGCGGAUUGGGUGGGAGGUCAAAAACUCGUGGAAAAGCGUUAACAAGUGGGGCGACGAUGUGUAUCAAGAAGAAAAAUCCCCCCUCCCCAUAUCAAAACGGAAAUCUGUGUUGCAGAUUUGUAGUCACAAAUCAGCUUUGUCAUGCUAGAAGGGAAAAGAUUCUGACUGUAGUGCUGGGUGGCUUGGGAAAGCCUUGCAUCUUCAGCAUGACAGGAGGCAGCUGGAAGUAGGAAACAGCAUGACAAAUUGCCUGCAAACGAGGCCCCAGCUGCGGCUCUUGGCCUUCUAGCAAUACAAGUCGAUUUGUGUACUCAAAUACAGCGUCACAACUUUCGUUUUCGAUAUGGGGAGGGGGGAUUUUUCCUCUUAAUAAUGUGCCCUUUCUCUUCGCCGGCUCCCCGGCCAUGAACACCUGGCUGCGCAUGGAAUUCACCGGCCGCGCCAGCGCGGAGGCUGAUAGUGGCGGAGAGCAGGAGGUUCUUGACACCGCAUCUCCGGCCGCGUCGUGUUUAUCAAAUGCAAAAAUGUCUGGGUCUGGAAGAUUCUGAGACUUGUCAUGCAUGUUUCACAUGACCCAGGACGUCUGUAAUGCACGACCUAGCAUCACAGAUUUUUAGAGGGCUUACUGCUGCCUACUCCGCAUGACAAACGCCCUCCCCGUGUAGCACAAACUAGACUGCUCUUGCUAGUCAUGCAAUACAGACGUUUUUAGAGUCCAAAGUUCGCACCACAAGUUCCAGACCCAGACAUUUUUGCAUUUGAUAGUGUUUCUGGCGGUUCCAGAGCAUGUACAAGACCAAGCCCGUGGAAGCAGAUCCAGACGAAGCAAACAUUAUGCGGCACGGUGCGUUUCGGCUCCCCGCGUGUCGCGACGAGGACGGGGGGACAACAACCCCGACCGUGUCGACAUCAGCUCCUGUCGUAGAUGAUCCACCAACUACGCCGGUGGACAGGGAUUGUCAGCUCACUGAGUGGGGUGGCAGUACUACAACCUCCUGUAGCGUAACCUGUGGCGCUGGGGUGCGCCGACUGACGAGAGAAGUGCUCAGUGACGCGGUUGGGGGUGGGCGUCCCUGCAGCGGUUUUGCGUUGGAAAAGGAGGAAGCCUGUGAAGGAGUUUUGCAGGAAUGUAGUAUUAGUAGUGUUUCUACGAACAGUAGUGCUGGCAGCACUGAAGAUGGUACAACUUCUACACCUAGUGGUCUGCAGAACAACACAACAGAUUUUUCUUCGACGAACGCGACACCUCCCGAUCUAGUCCCUGCUAACAUCUCCAAUGCAGCUGGAGAUUUAGAAGUUUUGAGCACGGAAAGUAAUGGCGCUACUGCUGUAGGAGACCCCCCGGAUUAUUCAGGGUUGUGCUGUUAGAGGUGGACGAGGAUGACCCCAGAAUGAGCAAAUAAUAUCGUCCAGCAAUUCCAAUCCGUUGUUUGUAUUUUUUCCGUCGUGUACUCGUCGCAGGCGCAGCAGUUGCAGUUUCGCGCCGCUUUCGUUAAUGGUUUCUGAAAUGAAGGCUGGUGUAAGUUCUCGUCGUCCCACUGAAUUAGAAGCGAAUUUACUCCGAAUACUUGCUCUUGGACAACAUCAAAACUGAAAACCUAUAAACAGUAUUUAAUACUGAAGAUCGCGCCAUGACCACACGACCCUACGCGUGGUCGGGUCAAUGUAUCAGACAGUAUUUCUUGAUCAAGCGG